CUAAAAGCAACAGGAUUUUUUUGACCAAAUUAGGAAAAAUAAUUAGACAUUAGUUGGGAUCCCUUUAUGUUAUGUAGUCCACAAUCCGAUUCAAAUUAAUGAAAACCAAGAUGGCGGAAGGUUGUGCCAAGAAAAUUUCUACUAUAAAGCCGCGAUUUUCUAACGAAAUUCCUGCUCCACGAAGCGGUCAUCGAUGUGUAGCUGAUGAGAACAAUUUCUACGUAUUUGGUGGCUACUCGCCUCACUCAAGUACUCAAUUAUUUCGUGAAUUAUGGCGAUUCAACUUCUCUAGUUGUACAUGGAAACUUUUACAAACUACUGGCGACUUUCCUUUAGAAGUCUGUUCUAGCUGUGUUCUUUUAGACCGUGGACAUAUAAUAAUUUACGGUGGUUCUGGCAUACCGUUUGGAGAUAGCAAUAGCAACAAGUUACAUGUGUUAAAACUGAGUGAAAAGAGAUGGACUGUCGUUGAUGUCAUUGUGAAGAGAGAAAAGAUAGACGAUGAUGAAGACGACGACGACGAUGAUAAUGAAUUUUUAAACUUAAUUCUCGGGAGAGCACCUAGACUACCGAUCGCUGGUUAUGGACAGUGUAUGGUUCUUUCACCUGAUAGAGAACUGUAUAUUUUCGCAGGGACGUCGGGGAGAGAGUUUAAUUCGUUUUUAACUCGAUUCAACUUCACGUCUAAAGAAUGGGAGUACAUUCCUCGGGAGGAUCCACCCCACAUCCUUCCCCGAUACAGACACGAAGCAGUUACCUAUGGUGAUAAAUUUUACGUAUUUGGUGGAGGUAUGGGUGGUAUAGAUCCCACAGAUUUUUGUAAUCUUACCGAGGUGCCUACAUUUUGUUUCUCCAGUCAAAAAUGGGACGUUAUACGAUGCCAUCCUUCUAGAACAUACGGCUUUCCCCCAAGGCGGCGUUGCCAUGGUUGUGUGUUAUUUGAAAAUAAGGUUUACAUAUGUGGAGGCUAUGAUGGGAUUCGUAUGCAUGAUGAUAUUUGGAGUUUAGAUCUGAUAUCCUUCCACUGGACCAAGCUUCCUAUGGUUUUACCCUAUCCAGUGUAUUUCCACUCUACUGCUAUCACUCCCUCUGGAUGCAUGCUUACAUUUGGUGGUGUAAAAUCAAUAGAUGCAGAAACAGACAUUAGAUCAAAUGACCUGCACUGCUUGUGGCUUGUUCCACCAUCCCUUGUGGAGCUGUCAGUACAGGCUGUUAUGUCUUGUAUUCCUAAUAUUGAGAGUGUUAGUCAGAUGGAACUGGCCAAACUUGGCAUACCAUUGCACCUUCUUGAUUAAAUUAGAUUUUAUAGACUGUAAUGAGUUAAAAAAACUUGGGUUAAAUUUCAUAGUGACUGUAAAAAAAGUAGACCUUUAUAUCUGAAGUAUAUUGUUUUCCCAUUUCACGCUGUGCACCAUUCUAUCGACAAUAAGAUUCUGUGUUUGAGUUGUAUCUAUAUUUAUUUAUGUGUCUGCAUACACAAGGGAAUGACAUGGUCUGAAAGGGGUGAACAUUGCACCCAAUAGACCUUUUUCAAGUUCCAAAUUACUGCUUUGUUCCUCGAUUACAGACUCAUUUAGUCAGGCUUUGUCUCAUAUCAGUGUCUAAAUAUUCACAAAUACCAACAGUAAAGUAAAGAAUACACAACUUCAACAAUACAAACACUUCAAAGUUCCAAGGACCUUCACUGGAACAUGUGAAUAUUUUACACAAAAUCAAGGCUAACCCUGACCAACACAUCUAAAAAGGUCGACUCAUGUCACCCGUAACUUAUCAUGACAGUAAUAGUGUUUUAUAGAAUAUUGUCAAUCCUUUAACAUAUGAGUGCCAGUACUCAAUUAUUGUAUUCUAAAGCCGUCUUAGCAUGGUCACACUGUCAAUGUUUCCCUGUCCUUUCACUAGGACAUUUGCUUCGGAAAAUAUUUAGUAUAAACUAUAUACUGUGGUUUAAUUUAUUGAAAACCCAUAAAUGUAUAAUCAUAUGAAACACCCUGUAUGUCUUGACUUAAAAAAAUGAUUUUACUUAAAAGCUGGCAAACUUUUUUUUAAUACACAUCUCUUACAUUUGUGGCAACCACAUUCCACUAAAAUGCUCUUGCAACACUUAAUAGCAAAUAUAUAGGGUAUAUGUAGAAAUUUCAAUCUAAUUGAUAAAAUGGAAGCAGAGAUAAAAACAUUUUUUAUUAUAAGAAAUAAAAGCAAUGGUCAUCAUU